AACAUUCUUCUACAAUCUACACUCCAAUCCCAAUCACGACCCUCCUCACCUCUACAAACACACAUUCACAACAAAUCAUCCACCCACAAUGACAACCCCUCACCUAAAAUACAUGCGCGAUUGCCUCAACCUCGCCUCCCAAGCCCCCGCCCUCCCAACCAACUUCCGCGUCGGCGCGGUCCUCAUCUCCCGACACAUCUCCGACCCAACCCCCAACUACACCUCCGACCUCGUCCUCUCAACCGGCUACACAAUGCAACACCCGGGCAACACACACGCCGAACAAUGCUGUCUAGCAAACUUCGCUUCCCAGCACAACGUCUCCCCUGACCACGUCGCCGAAGUCCUCGCCUCCGACCCGGACCGCAAACUAGUCAUGUAUGUGACGAUGGAGCCAUGCGGGAAACGGCUUUCGGGGAAUUUGCCCUGCGUGGAGAGGAUUAUUCGGACGAGGGGCGGGAAGAAGGGCAUCGAGAAGGUGUAUUUUGGGGUGAAGGAGCCCGGGACGUUUGUGGGGGAGUCGAUGGGGGUGAGGAUGUUGGAGGAGGCGGGGAUUGAGUGGGAGGUUAUUUUGGGGGUUGCGGUGGCGGGACAUGAGGAUAGGGAGGGGGAGGUUGAGAGGGCGAUGCAGGGGGUGGAGACGGAUUUGGAUAAAAUUAGUGAGGAGGAGAGGAGGAGGCAGGAGGGGGUGAAGAGGAAUCCGAAGAAGAGGAUGAUGGAGGGGGAGGUUAUGGUUUAGGUGUUUGUGGGUUUGGUUGGGGAUACCGCUGGCGGUGUAUAGGUUGUGGAGUUUGGGAUGCACAUGUCUCAGAGAUUGGGGAUGUAUUAUUGUACAGAAAUCUACUUUAAAGUCGUUCCUUUGCGGAUAUGCCGUUUGACAGGUACGGAUCUAGGCUUCGUCUGGGCUCCAAACUUGGCGAUAAGAUACGGGAUGCGCUGGUGUCCAAUGUUUUUGUACGUCCAGAUAGAAGAUUCGAUUCAACCUUAGAAUUGCUUUUUGAUAACAAUUCAACCGAGGAGAU